AUGAGCUCUCACGAUGCAUAUUCUUCUGAAGAAGAGGAUGAAUUUGAUAGAAAUUCAAAAUCCAAUGUUUUAAUAGGAUUGGUUGACGUUAAAAUAGAUGGAAACGAAGAUGAGCCAACCUUUGAAGAUACAAUUCUUGGAGGGCAGCCGGUUUGGUUGCAUUCCAAUUCACGUCCCAAGGACGAAUUAUUGACAUGUGGUAAUUGUGGAAAAAUGAUGGCCAUGUUGUUGCAAGCUUUUUCUCCGUUCGACGAUGAGUUGUACGAUAGAGUAAUUUACAUCUUUGCAUGUCCUGACACAAGAACAUGCUCUAAGAAAGCCAAUAGCGUGAAGGCUAUUAGGGGUAUAUGUAAAGACCCAAGUAAAAUCAGUCAGUUACAAAAAGAGGAGGAAACUGCAUUAAAAAAGUCAUUAGACGAAAAGUUGAAGUUAGAAGAGAAGAAAAAAAUACAAUUUGAAGCUACCAAAGACUUAUUCGGGAAAGGGAAUCAAGCUAGCAAUCCAUUUAGUGCUAGUGACAAUCCGUUCAGUCAAGGUGAAAACCCAUUUGAGAGGAAGGCAGAGAAUCCAUUUACAGCCAAAGCAAUUCCUGAUCCAUCUGGAAGUUCCCCAAAGACAGAAAAGGAAUCGUAUGCUGAUGCUGCCAAGAAGAACCAGGUAGCUUCCACAGCAGUUCGAACCACAAGAGCCGACAGCAUCGAGUUACCAGAGUACACCAGUUACUUUUUAUAUGUUCAGGGUGAAAAGUAUAAGAAAUUCACCGAUCCUGACCUUGAAAAAUAUAAGCAUUUAACAGAAAUGGAUGUUGAUUCCGGUAGUGGGUCGGGAAGUAGCAAAGGGGGAAAAGGAGGCUCAGAUUCGUCUGCUCAGCUUGACCCUGGAGCCGCCAAGAUCUCCAAUAUGUUGGACGACACAGUAUUCGAAGCAUUCACCAACAAGGUUAAACAUAAUCCAUCACAGGUACUUAGGUACGAGCUUGGAGGUAAACCAUUACUCUACACUGGAAGAGACUCCACAGCAGCCAAGUUUCUUGGUAAAGAGAUCACCAUACCUAAACCUGGAUACAAUCCGUCAUCUUCGAGACAAUUCGAACUUCAGCUCAUGCCCAAGGCUAUUAUGGACUUAGAGAGCGAUAUCAUCAAAAAGGAUAUACUAGAAGGAAUGGAAUGGGGAACUAUAAUAGUUGCAACAGACGUUGAAGACUACAUUCCUGAAUUGGAUGAGAAUUAUGUUGGAUACGUAGAAGAAUGGUGUGGGGUACAAUGGGAAGAACUGGUUUAA